AUGGUCUCAAGACAUGAACGUACACCUUUAUCGAGCGUACCUGUUUAUCACAGAGAUGCAAACGACAAUAACAUCGACCCAGUACAGAUAGUCCCACCAGAUGACCGACUAGCUUACGAUGCACUUCAUGAAAAUCUUCAGAAGUACAAUGGAAUGGAUCCUUCAUUAAGACCAACAAUCCCAAGGUUAAGAACUGACAGAGAAACAAAUACAAUUCUUAAAUCUCUAAAUAGUGUGCUCAAGGAUGAGGCUGAUCGAUGCGAAGACAUUACCCAGUUGCAUGACCUCGUAUACUCUGCAGCAAUGGCAACUCUUCAGCUGCACAAGUUUAAACCUACAAGAGUAUCGAAGAAAAAUAAAAAUACAAGCAACAAACCCGGAUGGGCGUAUCGUGAUGAAAAUAAUGAUUUGCCUUGUACGUCUACUGCAGCUGAUGAUGCCUCAUCAAAUAUCAAUGAAAAUUUGAAAGAACCCCCUACUUCUUCAACAGCGAUAAGAACACCCUCAGAAACACAGCAAAAUUUUCCUGUUAAUGAUGUUAGCAAUAUUUUAACAAAUAAGUUAACAGAAGAACAGUAUAUAAGUAUAAUGAACGAAAUUUGGACUCCGCCACUAAAUUUCAAUUUUCCAGCAAAGAAAGAAGGUAAAUUUACAAGAAAAUUUAAUAGAGCAUAUUUAGAACAGUAUAAGUGGCUAGUAUACUCUUUAAAAGAAGAUGGCGUUUACUGUAAAUUUUGCGCUUUUUUUUGCAAAAUAGAAGUCGGCCAUACUAGUAGUCAACAAGUAGGUAUGCUUUGUACUGAACCUUACCGUAAAUGGAAGAAAUGCGCUGAAAAGCUAAGACUUCAUGAAAAGACUGAAUAUCAUAAGAGGUCAGUUUUAGAUUAG